UUCUUUUUUAUUUAUUUUCAUCAUCGUUAUCAUUGGUUUUGCUAUCGAAAAAAAAGGAGCUUCUUCUCUUCGUGGUCAUCAAUGGCGUCGUCAUCAUCCUCCUGGUUUUCUUCACUGCGUUCUAACUCCAAAUGCUUAUACAACUCUCUCAAACUCAAUUUCGGAAGCUCUGCCUCCCACAGCUUUAGCAGGAGCUCACUGAACGCACCACCACCCACCAUCAAUGGUUUCCAUUUUCGGUACAGGAAUACUAGUUCAUUCUCGUCGUGGUGGUCGAGCUCUCUGCUUCCCUUGGCGCUUGCAUUCUCAGCUGGCUCACUUUCCCUCGCAUCUAAUUCGAAUCCCUCACUUUGUGACGCUCGAGGUGUCACUUUUGGGGGCAAAGGUAGCACCGACUAUGUGGUGAAGGGCUCGCACAAGGAAGUUCCAGAAGAGCUCAUUGAUGAAUUGAAGGCUAUAUGCCAAGAUAACAUGACAUUGGACUAUGAUGAGAGGUAUACCCAUGGAAAACCACAACAUAGCUUCCACAAAGCUGUUAACAUCCCUGAUGUUGUUGUUUUUCCUAGUUCUGAAGAGGAAGUGUCCAAGAUAGUCAGGUUAUGUGAUAAGCAUAAGGUUCCUAUUGUACCAUAUGGUGGAGCCACAUCAGUUGAAGGACACACCUUGUCACCAUAUGGAGGUGUUUGCAUUGACAUGUCACUAAUGAAAAAAGUUAAAGCAUUACAUGUUGAGGACAUGGAUGUUGUUGUUGAACCUGGUAUCGGAUGGAUGGAGCUUAAUGAGUACCUGGAGCCUUAUGGUCUAUUCUUUCCCCUUGAUCCAGGGCCUGGUGCAACUAUAGGGGGAAUGUGUGCUACACGUUGCUCUGGUUCAUUAGCUGUCAGGUAUGGAACAAUGCGCGACAAUGUCAUUAAUCUUAAGGUAGUUCUUGCCAAUGGAGAUGUAGUCAAGACAGCAUCUCGUGCACGGAAGAGUGCUGCAGGGUAUGACUUGACUCGCCUGUUAAUUGGAAGUGAAGGAACUCUAGGUGUAAUAACAGAAGUCACUCUUAGGCUUCAGAAAAUUCCGCAACACUCAGUGGUUGCCAUGUGUAAUUUUCCUACUAUAAAGGAAGCUGCGGAUGUAGCUAUUGCUACUAUGCAUUCUGGUAUACAGGUAUCAAGGGUAGAGCUAUUGGAUGAGGUUCAAGUCAAGGCUAUCAACAUUGCCAAUGGAAAGAAUUUGCCCGAAACUCCAACCUUAAUGUUCGAAUUCAUUGGUACAGAGGCUUAUGCCCGCGAGCAAACACUGAUUGUUCAGAAGAUUGCUUCCGAACACAAUGGCUCGGACUUUGUUUUUGCAGAAGACCUAAAAACAAAGAAGGAACUUUGGAAGAUAAGAAAGGAGGCACUCUGGGCUUGUUUUGCAAUGGUACCUAAUCAUGAGGCAAUGACUACAGAUGUAUGUGUUCCUCUUUCACACCUUGCAGAACUGAUUUCGGAGUCCAAAAAGAAGUUGGCUGCAUCCUCAUUGAUCUGCCCAGUCAUUGCUCAUGCCGGUGAUGGAAACUUCCACACUGUUAUCCUUUUUGAUCCUGAAAAAGAAGAACAACGGCAAGAAGCAGAGAGAUUGAACCAUUUAAUAGUCAAUGCUGCUUUGGCAAUGGAUGGAACUUGUACUGGUGAACAUGGUGUUGGUACUGGGAAAAUGAAGUAUCUUGAAAAAGAACUGGGAGCAGAGGCUUUGAGGACCAUGAAAAGAAUAAAAGCAGCUUUAGAUCCCAACAAUAUCAUGAACCCAGGAAAGCUCAUUCCUCCCCACAUUUGUUUCUAAAUCCUCCCUCUCUUUACAUUUAAUAUGAAUGUGGUGAACACCUGGUCCUGCAUCUGUGCAUUCAUGCAAAAUUUUGUGGAAACUGUUGUACAUUAACAUGAAUAUUUCCCGGUCCCUUGGUCCUUUCGGCAUUACAUGAUAUGUGUUGUUGGUCUAGUGCCAUCUAGGUUGAUAGACCUUAUCACCCUUUUUCACUUUAUCGGAAUAAAGAUUUACUAAAUUCCCUGGACUUCUCAGUAAUCUUUCCCUUUCACACUUCACUCACUCCCAUUGAUGUGAAGAGUUAACUACUUGGAUAUGAGCAUGGAAUGUAAUCCAGAUUGAAUCUUUUUGCUUGGCUUUCAAUGGAUGAUUGUAAUCACUCAUACAGCACACACAAUAAAUAACAUCAUAUCUUUUUACACACAA